AUGCUAUUGAAAGCGUUUUUCAUAUCCAAUUUUAAUAAGGUACGUGGGGACGCAGGUGAUGUAUUCCCGAAAAAUGAUCUUGUGAACCGCAGCUUCACACCCGCCCUGUAUGCCUACCCCGAGCUGGACAGGUCGCAAUUCAUGCCCUAUCUCCUUCACAACAACUCUACAAGCAAUUUUUGCCGCGAGACGACGAAAAAUGUUACCAACAGCGAUAGGGCGGAUGCCUCCGUCUUUUUUUUUUUAAAGCCGUCAAUUUGUGUAUUUCAACAUCUAUCUAUCUAUCUAUCUAUCUAUCUAUCUCAGUCUGAUCAUAACUAUCUAUCUCAGUCUGAUCAUAACUAUCUAUCUCAGUCUGAUAAUCUCUCUCUCUCAAUCUCUUUCAGCUCCCAAUUGGAUGUUCGUGAUUUAGCUUUGGAUGGAGAAGCUGCUGUAACGAUUAGAUACGAGGUUCGUGUCGCAUCUUUCCUCCUGUUUAUACUUUUUCCCUUCACUCUCUAA